CUCCCAAUGAAACGUCGUCGUUGUAUCAGUUCCAACGACUCGCUUUGCCUCUCCUUUCUUCUUCUCUCUACAAAAUAGGAUUCUUCGUUUCUUCCUCGAAUACGACGACCACGAUACUGACCAGGUGAGUAAUCAUAAACCCUAUCCCUCUCCCUGCUCCAAACAAUGGCACAUGAACCCAGUAGCCCAAGUUCGAAUCUUGUUUCUAAUCCGGCCAAUCUUUCAGCUUCUGGGUUAGAUUAUAGCUCUGAUUUGAGUAAUAAGCGUGUCUCUGAUGGAAUUAUUUCUGGGUUUGGGAGUGAGCAGGUAAGUAUUGAUGCUACGAAUAGAAACAAUCCAAAUUUAGGCAAUAAAAGAAGUGAUAUGGAUGAUGAAGAAUUGGAAAAGGUGAAGUUUUUAUGUAGCUACAAUGGAAAGAUAAUCCCUAGACCAAGUGAUGGCAUGUUACGUUACGUUGGUGGUCAAACAAGGAUCGUUAGUGUUAAAAAGAAUGUGAGAUUUGAUGAAUUUGAGCAAAAGAUGAUUCAGGUUUAUGGUCACCCUGUUGUUGUUAAGUAUCAGCUUCCUGAUGAGGAUCUUGAUGCUUUGGUUUCUGUUUCAUCUAGUGAAGAUAUUGAUAAUAUGAUGGAGGAGUUUGAGAAGUUGGUAGAGAGAUCUUCUGAUGGGUCAGGGAAGUUGAGAGUUUUUUUGUUUGAUGCUUCUUCGUCUGAGGUGGAUGAUUCUUUCGGAAUAUUGGAGUAUGGUGAUGGAGUUGAUAUUGGGCAGAGAUAUGUAGAGGCUGUGAAUGGUGUUGUUGUGAGUAAGGAAAGUGUAGCUAGUGGUAGUUCUAAUCCGAAUUCUGAUUUUAGUGGCGUGGAUGUUGUUGAUAGCUUGGGCGUUGGUCAGAGUGAUUUUGUCGCAACUACUUGGACCUCGAGUAAUUUUUCACCUCAGACUUAUCAUAGUAAUGUAUCAAGACUUGUUCCUCCUGAUCCACGCUCUUCUGCUUAUGUUGUGCCAAUGACUGUCCACGCCGAUCCGCCUCAUUCUUUUCAGCUUGAGACUGUUUCAGAGAAACCAAUAGUUGGUAAGAUGCAGCAGCAACAACAGGGGUAUACUACACCAUCUGAACAUCAUCCACCGGCCUAUGUUGAAUCUCGCCAAGAAGCUUUAAGACAACCAGAUAUUGUUCAUUCACCUAUCCAGCUUUUGCCAAGUAGUACUUCUUUGUUCUCCCAACAACCUUUUCAAGAUAGUCCUUUAAGUGUCUCAUCCCACCAGUUCCUUCCUGCUGCUCACAUGUCAAUGGCUCCCUUGAAUUCUCAGAUUAGUUCCACACCAGUUUUGAUUAACCCGGUAAUGCAAACCCAAGAAAAUCUGUUGGGGAACUAUCAUGCUGCUCAAAAGUUAGUACCGCUUCCUACAGAGCCAAGAAACACUGCAUAUCAAGGUACGAUUUCUCCUGGUAUACCAUUUGAUGGUUAUGGCGGGUCUCAAGUUCCACCAUCUAACCAUGUUGUUCUCCCCGAUGGAAGUUUCUAUCAACAAGUAACUAUGGCUGAAAGUUUUCAAAGGGUAAAUGAUUGUCAUAUGUGCCAGACAUCUUUUCCUCAUAUGCAUUCUGAUCCGAUUAUGCGGGAGGGAAAUGAUGGUUCUACAAUGUAUGUGCCAUAUGUGAGCUCAGCUUUCUAUGCUUCUCGUCCAGAUGAUAUCAUGAGAAUCCAACAAACGGAUAAGUUUACGGGUCAACAAAGCUUCCUCAAUCAUUCAAAUCAUCAAGAAAGAGAUACUUUACAUAACGCCAAUCUUGCCACUGCUCAGGUCGAGACUACUGAACCUUUUGUCAAUGAGAUAGUAAGAGAUGUUCCGAUAAAAGUUCAAGUAACUAGGCAGCAGCAACAUCCCGUAGACCCUUCAGUAGCAUAUGCACAAUGCCGAGAACUAAGUGGAUUGGUGGAUAAUGUUAACAUACAUGCUCCUGAAAUAUAUAGCAAUUGUCAGAAUUUCAUCUCACCAGUUGACAAAAUUGGGAAAGAAGAUAUUAUGGGUACCAGUUCUCAACAAAUGGCAAGGAAGAAUAUGUUCUUACAUGACACCUCUGGUCAGUCUCCAGUAAGUCCAAACAUAGAUCACACUGAUUCAGCUAAGAGGCUAACAAGAGUAGUUCUUCCAGGCCAUGAAUCUCAGCCUAAGGAAUCAUGUGUGCCAACACAGUCUCCCUUAUUAGGCAAUCCUGGUUUGUAUCUACAAUCAUUGGUUGGAGGUCAGCAGUUCGAUUCAGCGGAAGCGCAGUCCAGCAAUCCCGCUUAUGACGUUGUUGAAUCUACAUUUGAUGCUGCAAACUUACCAUCAUCCUUAUCAUCAAAUCCUGAUGCUGCUAAUUUACCAUCAUCCUUGUCAUCUAGUGUUGGUGGUGCAGACCACAAAGAAUCAUCAAAAUCACUUUUUAGUAACCAGGACCCAUGGAAUUUGCAAACUAACUCAAACGAGGAUGUCAAACCUGAUCUACUUAAUUCUUCGAAAGGCUCCGAGGAGGAGCACAUCAAACAAGAACUUCAGAAUGUUGCUGAAGGAGUCGCCGCUUCUGUGUUACAGUCAAGCACACCUUCAUAUCAUGAACCUCCAAUUAAGGUGGAUGAGUAUGCUUUUAAUUCGAAAGGAGAAGUUUCACGUAAUGAUGAAAUGAAACAGCAGUCUACACACUUCAAGGAUAUCAGGAACCAACUUCUAGAAAGACUGAAUUUCGGAUAUUCUGGUUCUGAUUCGCUGGAUCAGUUGCAGAUUAUAAAGGACAGCGACCUUGAGGAAUUGCGAGAACUAGGAUCUGGCACAUUUGGCACAGUUUAUCAUGGGAAAUGGCGAGGCACUGAUGUUGCAAUCAAAAGGAUCAAUGAUCGAUGUUUUGCUGGCAAACCAUCUGAGCAAGAACGAAUGAUCGAUGACUUUUGGAAUGAGGCACAGAACCUAGCUGGCUUGCACCAUCCUAACGUCGUUGCUUUUUAUGGGGUUGUGCUGGAUUCACCUGGAGGUUCUGUGGCAACAGUUACAGAGUAUAUGGUCAAUGGUUCUUUACGAAAUGCGUUGCAGAAGAAUGUUAGGAAUUUUGAUAGGUGCAAGCGUCAACUGAUCGCUAUGGACAUUGCUUUUGGGAUGGAGUAUUUGCAUGGAAAGAAGAUAGUACACUUUGAUCUUAAAAGUGACAACCUGCUCGUCAAUCUCAGGGAUCCUCAUCGCCCAAUUUGCAAGGUUGGGGAUUUGGGUCUCUCAAAGGUGAAAUGUCAGACAUUAAUAUCAGGUGGUGUUCGGGGAACACUUCCAUGGAUGGCACCCGAGCUUCUAAAUGGAACCAGUAGCCUUGUUUCUGAGAAGGUCGAUGUGUUUUCAUUCGGAAUUGUCCUCUGGGAACUUUUCACCGGUGAAGAACCUUACGCCGACUUGCACUAUGGAGCGAUCAUAGGUGGUAUAGUUAGUAAUACGCUACGGCCGCAGAUUCCCGACUUUUGUGACAUGGACUGGAAAUUGCUGAUGGAGAGAUGUUGGUCUGCAGAACCAUCAGAGAGGCCAAGCUUCACUGAGAUCGUGAACGAACUACGGACCAUGGCUACAAAGCUUCCUUCCAAAGAACAAGGCUCAACACAGGGACCACAAUCUUAA